UUUCCAGGCUCUUCCCCGCUUCCUCCACUUUCCCAAAACUGCGCGUCUUCUCCUUUAAGGGGUUGGGCCUCCUCCCGCCCUCUCCAGAGGCGACUGAAGUUUCCGUGGAGCCUCCUCUCCUUUCCAGAGACCCCAAAUUGUGCUUCGUGCACCUCAAACGCUCCUUCCCCCAUGCCCUCCCGACCCCCUCUGUGACCUCCCUAUUCUCGGCCCCCAGACUCCCAGCCUCUCCCCGAGGCCCGAGCAUCCUUGGGGUUUCCUGCCCUUAGCUGCCCUGUCCCCGGAUGGAGCCAGAGAAAUGUGGUGGGGGGGCCGGGGCCAGAGUUUCAACAUCGCCCCCCAGGAGAAGGAGCCAGAGAUGGGGGUCUCUGGACCAAAGUCUGCCCAGGACAGUGGGAUGCCAGAACCCAGGAGCCGCCAGCUUGGCAAUUCCCUGGCCUCUGGUCGCCUCCCAGGGGAGAAGAUCUUAGCCUGGGCCUCAGGAGUCAGGAAGGGGCUGGAACCCGAACUGCCUGGAACCCUGGUCUGCACCAACUUGAGGGUCACCUUCCAGCCCCGCGGAUGGCAGCGGAGCCAGGACACACCCCUGAGCAGUGCCUAUGAUUUUGCUCUGGUCAACAUCGCGCAUUUAGAAGCUGUGAGUGGCCUGUCCCGUGUCCAGCUCCUCCGCCCAGGGUCCCUGCUUAAAUUUGUGCCCGAGGAGAUUCUGAUUCAUGGCCGAGACUUCCGGUUACUCAGAGUUGGUUUUGAGGCUGGAGGACUGGGGCCUCAGGCCUUUCAGGUGGCUAUGGCCAUCGCACAAGCCAGAGCUCGGAGCAGCCACGGCCAGCAGUACACAGGGGUGACCAUGAGCAAGGCUGGCCGGAGUCCUGGCUCUGGAAAACCACCUGUCCCCCUCCUGGAGACACCAGAAGACUGGGAGGCUGAGCGCGAAAGGCAGGGGGCCAGGGGCUGGAGGGUUAGCACUGUCAACGAGAGGUUCGACGUAGCCACCAGCCUCUCUCGUUACUUCUGGGUGCCCAAGCGGACUCUGGACAGUGAGGUCAGAAGAGCAUUUGGCCACUUCCACCAGGGCCGUGGACCGCGCCUGUCCUGGCAUCACCCGGGAGGCAGCGAUCUUCUCCGCUGUGGUGGCUUCUACACAGCCAGUGACCCUAACAAGGAGGACAUUAGAGCAGUGGAGUCCAUGCUCCAGGCUGGGCAUUCGGAUGUUGUGCUGGUAGAAACGAUGGACGAGCUGCCCAGUCUCACAGAUGUCCAGGUGGCCCAUCUGAGGCUGAGGGCCCUCUGCCUGCCAGAUUCAUCUGUAGCGGAGGACAAAUGGCUCUCAGCGCUGGAGGGAACACGGUGGCUGGACUACGCCAGGUCUUGUCUCCGAAAGGCCAGUGACAUUUCAGUUUUGGUGACAUCCAGGGUUCGCUCUGUAGUACUUCAAGAGCGCGGUGAUCGUGAUUUCAAUGGCCUCCUCUCUUCACUCGUCCAGCUGCUUUCAGACCCUGAAGCCCGAACCCUGCGUGGCUUCCAGUCACUAGUGCAGCGAGAGUGGGUGGCAGCUGGGCAUCCCUUCCUGACCCGACUUGGGGGAACUGGAGCCAGGGCAGAGGCCCCAGUGUUUCUCCUUUUCCUUGAUUGCGCCUGGCAGCUCCUCCAGCAGUUCCCGGCUGAGUUUGAAUUCUCUGAGUUUUUCCUUCUUGCGCUUCACGAUAGUGUCAGGGUUCCCGACACCCUCACAUUCCUGCGAGAUACUCCCUGGGAGCGAGGAAAGCAAAGUGGACAGUUCAAAUCUUACACGCAAGUCUACACCCCAGGCUACUCCCAGCUCCCUGCUGGGAGCCCUGUUCCCCUGCAGCCGUCUGUCUGGGACUGGGAUCUGCGCUACAGCAGUGAGCAGAUACUACAGUUCCAUAACCCUGGCUACGCCCCGGAACACCGCCCAGGUUCCUGGCUCCCCCCGCAGCAGCCAAGUUUCAUUGUUCCCGGACCGCCCAGCUCUGUGUGGCUCUUCUCUAGAGGGGCCCUGAGUCCUCUGAAUCAGCUCUGCCCCUGGCGGGACAGUCCCUCCCUCAUGGCAGUCUCUUCUCGUUGGCUGCCUCGGCCUGCCAUCUCCUCUGAAAGCCUGGCUGACCAGGAGUGGGGGCUCCCCUCACAUUGGGGGGCUUGCCCUUUACCCCUGGGGCUGCUGCUCCCUGGGUACCUGGGACCCCAGAUCAGGUUCUGGAGACGCUGCUACCUGAGGGGACGGCCUGAGGUCCAGAUGGGCCUCUCGCCUGCCACGGUCGCGGGCCUGCGGGCGGAGCUGUCCCACCUCCAGGAGCUGCUCCGGAAAUGGACACCGAGACUCCGUCCCGGGGAGCGGGGCCCCGGCUCCGUUCUCUCCCAGCCCUGCUGAGGCUGCUGUCUCCGGGGCGGGAAGGGGUCGCCUUCUUCACUGGGCAGACGGUCCGGAGCUCCAAAGGGCCAAGCCUCGGCCUCGCAUCAGGCCUCACCUGGCGGCGCCACUGCAGCAGGCGGAGCGCAGCCUGCGGGCCUGGCCUGCCCGGCCCCCCACACGCGUGUUUUUCUUGGGAUCUGAAGAAUCACAAAACGGAAACGAAGAGCCCAGAACGUGGCCGCCUCUUCCAGGGCCACCGGCCUCCCCCCGGCGCAGCCUCCCCGGCCAGAGGGCCGCGGCCUUCAGCCCAGGAGGCUGCGCUUCCCGCCCCCGUGCCGCGCGCGCCCCCUCCCGGCGGCCCGGGCACCGCGCCGGGCGCCGACUGCCCGCUGAGGGCGCGCAUUAAAGCAGUGUUCCGCACCGCCGCCACGGCCUC